AUGAGUGUAGUUGAAUCAUCAGCAAUUCCAACAAUCUGUUCAACGGCAACAUGGUCUGAAAAUGCAACAACAGUUGCAGGUGGAAACGGCGGCGGUGAUGCAUUAAAUCAGCUCGAUAAUGCAGCUGAUUUAUUUUUGGAUAGUCGUAACAACAAUGUAUACGUGGCAGAUUAUUCCAAUAGUCGUAUUGUAGAGUGGGCACCCGGUGCUUUGGCUGGCAAAAUUGUGGCUGGUGGAAAUGGCAACGGUUCAGCUUCAAAUCAGUUGCAUCAUCCAACAGCUGUGUUUGUAGAUGAAAAUAAUAAUAUUUAUAUUGCAGAUGAUGGAAAUGAUCGUGUACAAAAGUGGGCGAAGGGAGCUAUGAGUGGUCAGACAGUAAUAGGUCAACAUGGUGUAGGUCCCGGUAACAACCAGUUUAACAAGUGUUGGGGUCUUUAUGUUGAUCAACAUGGGAAUAUUUAUCUAUCGGAUUAUAAUAAUCAUCGUGUGAUGAAAUGGGACGUCGGAGCAAGUACAGGCAUUGUCGUUGCAGGCGGAGAAGUUAUUCACAAUUUGACGGUCAACGUUGUUCGACAAUGA